CACUGACCUGUGCCUCACCCUCCACACCUUGCCAUGGCCAAAUUGGAGACCCUCCCCGUCCUGAGUGACCCCAGCUACCACAGCCAGGAGACGUUCCACUCCUUUGAGCCCAGGCGCUCGGACCCUUCCGCCCAAGGCGCCAUGGGCAGCGUGGGCAGUGGCGUCGCCAACGAACAGGAGUUCGCCAUGAAGAGCGUGGGCACCAGAACGCAGAACAGCAGCCGGCAGGCGGACGGGUCCCGGAAUAACUACUCCACGCGGGAGAUCUCCAACCGCUACUCUGGGGAGGAGAAGACUUACAAGUCGGAGAAGAUCUCCAACUCCAUAUACAUCAAUGGGGACCUGCGCAAGAGCGAGAAAGUAAAGACGGACCUCUGCGGGAAUGUGGCGGCCAACAAUGAAAAUAACAUGCCGCCCCCUCCCCAGUACAGAGACCCCAGUAACCCACCAAAGAUAUUGCCAGUCUCUGGGAAACUAGACCAGAGCAACGAGCCCUUAGUUAGACCGUCAGCCUUUAAACCAGUAGUUCCUAAAAACUUCCAUUCCAUGCAGAACCUUUGCCCACCGCAGAACAAUGGAAUAUCAGAGAACCGCAAGACACUGAUCCACGCCAACAGCAAUAGCCCUUCCACUGUCAAAAGCGGCCUCGAGAAGCCCAGCCUUAACAGGACUACCAACCCAGCUGGCGGCCUCUCUGAUUCCGGCCGCAACUCUUUGACGAGCUUGCCAACCUACGGCACAGGCUAUAGCCAGCACAUUGGCCCGAUGAGCGCGUCAACCAGUCACAUAAACCGCAUUGGGACGACCUACACAGACAAGAACAUAGUGGGAUACAACGGGAUAUCUACCUCAGACAGUGGGCGGUCUUCCAGUAAGAGCACAUCCUCGUUCAGUAGACUCAACCAUCUCAAUGAAACCAUGCCUUUCCACUCUCCUUCAACAGAUGACAUCAUCCAAGAUUUGGAGGACAGGCUGUGGGAGAAAGAGCAGGAGGUCCUCCAGAUGAGGAGGAAUUUGGACAAGAGUGAGGCAGCCAUUUACCAGGUCUUUGAGGAGAAGCAGAAGAUCUGGGAACGGGAGAUGGAGGAUCUCCGGCAAAACUAUGCCAAUAAACUGCAGCAGGUCUCCAAAAAGGCCCAGAGAGCCCAGCAGGCUUUGCAGCUCCAGAUCUUCAAGCUUCAGCAGGAGAAGAAGAAGCUGCAGGAUGAUGUGGGACAGCUCCUUCAGCAGCGGGAAGAGCUGGAGAAGAAAUUUGUUGCUUUCAAGAAAGAGCAGGCUGAGUUUCUUCCCAAGAUCGAGGAGACCAAGUGGGAGGUGUGCCAGAAAGCAGGGGAGAUCUCGCUACUGAAGCAGCAGCUGAAGGACUCCCAAGCCGACGUCUCACAGAAGCUCAACGAGAUUGUCGGGCUACGGACCCAGCUGAAGGAGGGCAAGAGUUUCCUCAGGGAGAAGGAAGAGCAGAUCUUGACCCUGAAGGACUCCUUCAGCACCAAGAGUGUCAGUCUGGAGAUCUGCGAGAGCGAACUGCAGCGGAAGAUGAACGAGGUGCAGAUGCUGCAGGAGAAACUCGGCCAGUGUGAGCUGGAGGUCUCCAACCUGAAGCAGACCUUGACUAGCCUUGGGGGCCACCACAGCCACUUCGGCGCUGAGCUGUCGGACAAGCUGGCACGGGACACCUUGGCCUGCGAGAGCGACGAGGCGAAGAUGAAACGGCAGAGCGAGGAGAACCUCAGUGCCCUGAAGAAGGAGGUGGAGCGGCUCCAGGCGGAGCUGAAGGCAGAGCGCCAGCAAAGGGAGCAGCAGAUCGUGGACUUCGAGGAGGAGCGCCGCACGUGGCAGGAGGAGAAGGAGAAGGUCAUCAAGUACCAGAAGCAGCUGCAGCUGAACUAUGUGGAGAUGUACCAGAAGAACCAAAUCCUGGAGCACAAGGUCAACGAGAUGGCCAACAGCAAGGUCACCAGCCCGCCACACACGGACGAGAAGAAGACGUGGACGCCGUCCAGGUUGGAGAGGAUAGAGUCCACCGAGAUCUGAGGAUGGGACCACGGCGUGGAAAGUACAUUGUUUCCCCUUGUUCCUGUGCAUGUACUUUGGCCAGUGGCGCUUCCAAAAGGAGAAUGGGAUAUGUGAUAUAACCAGC